GAGCUGCAGUUCAAAAGCACAUGGGAUGUCACGGACGUCAGGGCUCUACAGGUCUCACCGCUCUGCUCCACCAUGAUCAACACCUACCAGACCAGCCUGGCCCCGCCGCCGUUGCCUCCGCGCCUCAGCAGGUCCCAAGCGGUCCUUAUCCCUGGUCCACUGCCAUCACAAAGCCACACCAAGGUUCUCAUCCGCUUUUUGGUUGGUGUAGUGGUGCUGCAGUUAGUGCUGUCUGUUGCAGGAUUCAUCUUUCUGUACCACAAUGAUGUGAUGCUUAAGGGAACUGAAGAAAAAAAUUUGAGGGAAAUUGAAGGAAAAGCUGCUUUUCUUUCAUCAGAUGAUCAUGAAACGUCCCAUGGAGCCUUAGCACGCAUGAUGGUUGAAAGUACUGCAGAAAAUGCACCAGGUUAUCUUCAGUGGAACAUAAAACACUCAUUGAGGAGGAACGUGGGCUAUUACCAAAGAAGCUGGGUGACUGUCCUACAGUCUGGAGAUUACUUUGUCUACUCCAGGGUAACCUUCUCCAAGAGCGACCCUCAGCUCGUUCUGUUCAGCAGCGUCAAGCUGAGAAAGAAGGAGACAGAGAAGGAGGAGACUGUGAUGCAGGCCUACUGCAGCCUGCCGAGCAGCACCAAUCACCCUGUAGGGUUGCCUCACAAGUGCACAGCCACACAGGGACAGCUGGUCACACUGGAGAAAGGAAACCAACUCAGCGUCUGGGUGGAAAGGCUCUCACUGGUGGACUAUGACGACCGCGCAACAACCUUUGGGAUGUACAAACUGUAGGAUUCCUAUAUGAGCACAUGCAAGGAGCUAAGCGAAGAGUGGGAACUCAUGUAGUGAUUGGACUUGGAUUUGUUUCCACUGAGAACACUGUUAAAUAGACUGGAUCUUUUUUGGUGGAUUUCAGAAACAAAGUCCAUAUUUUCAAACUAUAAUUUAUUAAAUCAGACGUGUGUUUUUUUUUAGUUAUUAUUAUUUCUGUAGUAGUAUUGUGAAUGGCUGUUUGUUGUAUUUAUUGAUGUAAAUGGAGUUGCAUGGCUGUGAAAUGAUAUUUAAAUAUUUCUGCUCCACUCUA